AUGGCUGGAUUUGGAAGUUCAGAAGGAAUUCCAAUCCCUGAUUCAAAGAAGAAGAAGGAGACUAAAGAAGCUUCAGAAGAUGACGAUCAUGAAAAAAUGGCCGCCAUCUUCAUGAAGGAUGCGAAGGCUCUAGGCAUCAUUAAAAAUUUGUUUCUGACCAAAUCUUCCCUCGUAUUGCUAAUGCUGAAUCUACUAAGAUGGCAUGGGAAUUGGUGUAUGGAGAAUAUCACGGCGGUGACCACAUGA